UCCCGCACCAUGGCCGAGCGUGGCGGAGCGGCGGUGACUCCGCUCUCCAACCGGUCCUCGGUGUCCACCCGGACGAACGCCAGCGCCUUGUCUCACUGCGAUCAGCUGAUCCCCUCGGCGAACGCCGUCUUCCUGCUCAUCUACACGCUGGUGUUCCUGGUUGGUCUGAUCCUGAAUGGUUUCACCCUGAAGGUGUAUUUCUGCCGGGCCCAGCAGCAGGUGUCGAGCAGCGUGACGGUGUACCUGAAGAACCUGGCAGCCGCCGACUUCUUCAUCAGCCUCUGUCUGCCGCUCCGCAUCACCAACUACGCCAGCAGCUCCGUCCACGUCCGCCGGGUCUACUGCAACUUCGGUGCCUCCGCCUUCUACCUGAACAUGUACGCCAGCAUCCUGUUCAUGGGCUACGUCGCGGCCAACAGGUAUCUGAAGAUCAUCCACCCGUUGGGAACUCACUUCCUGCAGACGGUGCGCGCCGCCUACAUCGUCUCCAUGGUAACCUGGCUCGUCCUGGUGGCCACGAUGAGCAUGUACGUCCUCCUGUCCCUCCUCACCCAGGAGCCGUCCCCCCCCGCCGUCUCCAGCGCCGUGGACUGCGACGUCCUCCACAGCCGACAGCUCGCCAUCUUCUACAAAAUGGUGCACGUCGGCUCGGCCGCCGCCUUCCUGCUCGUCCUCGUCUCCCUCGUCUUCUUCUACUCCAGCACGUCGCACCGCCUGUCGCGGGCGCAGACGCGGCAGCCGGCGUCCUCCGGCUGCACCAAGCUGGCCAAGUCCCGGCGCAACAUGCUGGUGCUGGUCGGCGUGUUCUGCGUGUGCUUCGUGCCGUACCACCUGGUCCGCCUCCCCUACGCCUUCCUGAGGCAGCGGUGCGCGUGGCGCCAGGCCUUCUACUACCUGAAGGAGCUCACCAUCACGGUGGCGGUGCUCAACGUGUGCCUGGACCCGCUCAUCUACUUCAUCUUCUGCAAGGCCUUCCGGGCCCAGCUGAGCCUGCGCAGGCGGUCCAGCACCACGCAGGCGACGGCGCUGGUCGCCACCACCGAGAGGAGGAGCAGCGACGGGCGGGCCGGCACCGUCAGAUUCAACAGGAAGACGUCGCUCACCGCCGCCGCCAACCAGACCGGUGUGCUGUAGCGCCGAGACGCCGACAUCUGGACUCAGAAUCAAUCAAUCAAAAUGUAUUUAUAUAAAAUAAAAUUAUAUAUAAUAUGAUC